ACAUGCUAAAUAUUUAUACUUGAAUAAAAAACUAUAUUUUUAAUUAAUUUUUAAGACAAACAAAACUGUAAGAAAUGUGAGAAAGUAUUGCACGAAUUGGAGGAGAUUGACGACGACGCCGACCAACAGAACAUUGGCUUUGUUAAAAUAUCGGAACCAGAGCUCGCUUACGAAUACGGACUCGACGAAUUGCCCGCGUUGGUUUAUUACAGAAAAAAGAUCCCGAUCGUUUAUUCAGAAUAUAGUAAAAAUAAUACGGCCAAAAAGCUGGACGAGUCGAUCAUAUUGUCCAACACUACGUCCGACACGUCCUCGAUUUCGUCGGCGCUCUUCU